GCGAUAAACAAGGCCAACUUACAGGUCUCUAGACACUAAAAGUAAAACAAGAAGCCCCCAAACUCCCCAAACUACCUUGUUCCGCAAAGCCGCUUAUACUUACCGGCAGCGCAAUCAUGGAGGGAGGGAACGACCUUAGAAACAGCACUCUUACGCUGUAUUACUCUCAGCGGGCUCAGAGUGCAAGGCCGGCACCCGCACGCGUGCCAGCGGGCCCCGCCGCCAAGCUCAUUGGCAGCGUCCACACACACGCUUAUGAAGAGCGGCCCGGUGCAGUCGCGCCCAAGUCAGCAGCGGGCGCGGAGGCCACCGCACCCAGCAGCAGCGGGCAGCAGCCGUGGGCCACACGCACGCGCGACACGGGCGGCUCGCGCGACACGAACGGCAGCCUGGGGGCGUCAGGGCCGUACAAGACACGCAAAGUCGUUUACUGGACGGGCCGAGACCACCACAUUGUGGACGCGCCCGACGUGCCCGACAGCCGCUACCACUGGGUGCCGCCGCACCUGAAGCAGGAGGACGUGGGGCCGGGCCCGCAGCUGGCGGUUCGCGAGACGCCCGGAGCCUGCCGCAUCAAGCUCAUCGGCUCCAAGUACCGCUACCUGCCCUCCAUGGAGCCGGGCGGCGGCAGCAUGUGGGAGGUGUCACCCAAGGAGGCCACCCUGUACGGCAGCGUCGGCUCCAACACCUGGGGUAGCGGCGGCCUGGGCUCCUCCGGCUUCUCCACCGGCCGCCAGCGGCCCGCCACCGCCGGCACCUCGCCCUACGGCGGCAGCGCCGAGGCGUAUGCGGCGGCCCGGCAGCGCAUCAUGGGCUACAAGGAGUACGAGAGCGCCACGCGGUCGCUCAACGGCCUGGGCAGCUGGGAGCGCACGCAGCGCCACCUCACAGGCUCCAUGGAUGUGGGCCGGCCCUCCACACUGCGCUCGCCCGCGCAGCAGGCGGCCACGGCCUCGUUCGCGGGACUGCCCCGGCAGUGAGGGCUGUGAGGGCUGUGAGGGCUGUGAGGGCAGGGACGGCAGUGGGGGCAGUGAGGGCAGUGGGGGCAGGGAGGGCAUUGGGGCGGUGAGGGCAGCAGCCAGAGCGGCGUGAGAGCGAGAGCGGCGGACGUGUGGCGGCGACGACGCAGCGGGAGAUGACAAUCAAAUGCAGAGGGGCCCUCAGUUGACCGGCGUCUCCACGUGCGGCUGCUUCGUGGCGGCUGCAUAGCGCGUGUCACAGGCCGUGGGGCUAUGCAGUGAUGUUUGGAAGGGGGGUGGAACCAUCCUGGAACUAAGCUUACUUGAUGUCAAUGGCGCUCAGCCUGGCCGCAAGUAGUGGCGCCAGGGGCCACUGGCAGGAGGUCGGAUGGAGAUGCAAAUGCGGCAGGAGGGAUGCGGGAGAAGGGGGAAGUAGGCAGGAGUGCACACACAUAUAAUGUUCCAAUCCUAGAUGCAGGCUGCGCGUCUCGUGUUGUUUUCCGUUUACACAUGCCGGGGGCCGGCCGCACGCGUGUACGUGGAAGGCAAGGGUUAUUCUUUCGUGACGUGCGACACGGUAGUUGCACGGCCCGCGGCCAGACUCUACUCAGUCCACAGCACGAAACAAAUAAAGCGUGCAAGUGAUACACUUGUGGGAGUCCUUUUAUGCGCUAAGAUUAUCCGUAUUACAUCAUCUGGUUACAUGUUCUUAUGUUGAGGCGCUGUGUGCAUGGCCAGCGGCACACGCACGCGUGUAGCACGCCCUGUGACUGAGGCAUGCCUGUGUCGACUCCAGUUACUGAACAACGUGGCAUGAUUGACCAAGGGGGCAUGUUUAUGAAGAUGGGGGCCCCAGUGUGGCUAUCGACCAUCCAGUAAGAGAUGAUGCGGAACCGCCGAACACAGCACUUGUGGCUGUCGCACAGCCGUACAUGUGUAACGUGCCCAGUGCAAGCCGCCGCACGCCUUGCAAGGCUACCGGUGCUGCCGCGCGCGAGUGCCGUAACGGAUCACAUCGG